AAUUCUGAUUUGGCUAAAGCAGAGACCACUCAUGAACUACAGCCCCUACAAUGCAGGUCGCCCACUUCCUGCUUUCUCACUGGGCUGGGCUGGUACAUCUCGACUGAUCGCGAGUUAGCGGUUCUCAGUACAAAGGUGUUUGGAAGGACACUAAGCAUUUUAAAAUGACAGAUCGAGUGAACAAUUUCCCCCCCUUGCCUCGCAUUAUACCCCUCAAACCCUGCUUCUACCAGAAUAUCGACGAGGAGAUCCCCCCCCAGCACCGACAGCUUGUCCGCAGGGUCUACAACCUCUGGAUAUUGUACUCGGCCACCCUGUGCGUGAACAUUAUCUCCUGCAUAGCCUGGUGGGCAGGCGGGGGUAAUGGUGUCAACUUUGGCUUCUCGCUCCUCUGGCUACUGCUGUUCAGCCCCUGCAGCUUCAUCUGCUGGUUCAGGCCUCUGUACAAGGCGUUCCGGGCGGACAGCUCCUUCAACUUCAUGAUGUUCUUCUUCGUUUUCUUCGUCCAGUGUGUUUUGGUGAUUAUCCAGGCUGCUGGCAUCUCUGGAUGGGGAGCUUGUGGCUGGAUUGCUGCAGUGAUGUUCUUCAGCCAAAACAUAGGCUCCGCUGUGGUUAUGCUCUUCUCGGCUGUGCUCUUCACUCUGGUGGCUCUGCUGAUGGCGUUGGUUCUCCUCAGGGUACACCGCCUGUAUCGUGGAGGUGGGGGCAGCUUCCAGCGUGCACAGGAGGAGUGGAGCACUGGCGUCUGGAAUAGUGCUCCUGUCCAGAAUGCUACCUUCAACGAGAUUUCUGGCAGUGGGCCUACCCUGCCCCAGUACCCAGCUACAGUGCCUAGUUACCCCGACCGCAAUCCCUGGUGAUUCCCAAGUUUCCACUGGGUGGAGAAUGAUAGCAUUCCAUAUACUCUGAAAUUCUGAGGACCCAAAACAUGGACACAACCCUACACAUAAAUGAGCUUGUGAGGACAAGGGUUACUUAGGAAAUGAAUUGGUAAUGGCAUAUUUGAAUACUAUUGCUUAUACUGAUCAUUCCAAAUACUUGACUUGCGCUAAAAAAAAAAUAAUCAAUUUUGACUAUGAAAAAGACAAUUUCUGUUAUUUUCCUGACUCUGGAGGGUCAUAUUCAAACACUUUCCUUUCUAAUCCUGCAAAACUGGAGCCUUCUUGUUAGCUAUAAAUACAAGAAUUGCAUGGUAGGCUGGGAGUUUUGCAGUUCGUUUACUUCUAUAAUUAUUGAAAAUGUGAUUUUAUUAUGGGGGCGGCAUGGUGGUGCAGUAGUUAGCACUGUCGCCUCACACCUCUGGGACCCGGGUUCGAGUCUCCGCCUGGGUCACAUGUGUGUGGAGUUUGCAUGUUCUCCCCAUGUUGUUGUGGGGUUUCCUCCGGGUACUCCGGUUUCCCCCCACAGUCCAAAAACAUGCUGAGGCUAAUUGGAGUUGCUAUAUUGCCCAUAGGUGUGCAUGUGUGAGUGACUGGUGUGUGAGUGUGCCCUGCGAUGGGCUGGCCCCCCAUCCUGGGUUGUUCCCUGCCUCGUGCCCAUUGUUUCUGGGAUAGGCUCCGGACCCCCCGCGACCGAGUAGGCUAAGCGGUUUGGAAAAUGGAUGGAUGGAUGAUUUUAUUAUUAAUAAUAAAUAUUAUUAUUAUUAUUAUUAUUAUUAAAACUAAUGUAUUAAGGCUAGUGCCUCUUACUGCUACUGGUGUUUCUCUUGAAAGUCCAGAUUUAAAAAGCGUAGCCAUAGCCCAGGUUAGCGCUGACAUUCUGCCGUCACGUCUCUGCGUUUCGGCUCUCACACUUCUGCCUUUCCUGUAGACCGAGUUUUCAUUGCGGUGUGGUCUCGAGGAGGAGAUAUUUCGGUUCUGCGUUCAGCCUCUUUGGGCGCGUGGUACUACAAAGUGGGCUUUGGUGGGAUGAUUAUUCUCUGCUUUGCCUUUCCUUGUGCCUGUGUGUGCUGGUGGACUGGAUGAUGCGGUGCCUUUACUACACACACUUCAUCUCCAGGCCUCCCCAUGUUAGCAUCAUGUCCACACUGGCCGGUAGGCUUCAGGCACCUAUGUGACAUUUCAGAUUUACUCUAGAUUCUCUCUGGACUUUUCAUAUGUGUCGUAUUAUUUUUUUAAAGUGCGAUUCUAGUCAGGAGACUGUUUUGAACAUUCUUUAGUACUUUUUUGACUGAAAUGUAUUCUUUUAUUAAAAAAUAAAAGUGAUGUAACUAA